AUGGCCGCACCGAAGUCAGUGAUUAGGGCAUUUGUGUCACAAUACGAAGUCGAGCAGUCCAAAUAUGCCAGACUGGCGCAUAUAGCCACAGAAGCGGUUAAAAAGAAAGCUCGGAAAUUGGAAAUCGAUCCACAACCCCUAUGUACGGGGCGGGGGAAGUCUCCGGAGUCUCUCCGUCGGAAACUGUCCCAGAGAAACCAGAGGAUAAAUCACGGCCAGGGAUAUGCCGAAGAGUCCGAGAUUCGAAGAGAUAUAUCAGAUUUGGCCGGCAUCCGCGUCUUGCUCUACUUUCCCGAUCAAGCAGACGAGGUUGAGAAUGUCCUGCGCAAGGCAUUCGACGACGUUCAGUUCAAACCUUCCAAGGCUAUGAAAACCUUUGAAGAGUUGGAUAAUGCCGCGGAGUGUUCCAAAGCAGGUCCAUAUCGGGCUCGCAUCUACCUGGUUAAGGUCAAAAAGAACGAUCUCGACGACUUGUCGAUACCGAAUGAAUGCAAUCGCGUGGAGGUCCAGGUUGUCUCCUUGCUGUCCCACGCAUGGGCAGAAGUCGAACAUAGGAGAUACAAGGGCGUGAUCGCGCCAACGGCCGAGGAAAAUCAGGUGCUGAGUCGACUGAACGAAGUAAUGCGGCAGGGAGAGGACCUCUUGACCCAGCUACACAGUCUAUACAACGCUCGAAACGAGGCUUCUAGAUGCUCGUAA